AUGAUGACCUUGUUGGUUUUUUUGUUAGUUGUAUAUGCUAUUAUUUUCGCAAUUAAAUGGUUUAUCCGUCAUCGAAAACACGUUAUGCACCGUGAUUUGAUGGAGAAAUAUGGUGUUCCAGCCAAUCACAAGAUUGUUGGGUUCUUUCAUCCUUAUUGUAAUUGUGGGGGUGGGGGUGAACGUGUUCUAUGGACUGCAAUUAAGUGUAUGUUAGAAAAAUAUAAAAACAUAGUAAUUGUUAUUUAUACCAAUGAUGCAGAGUGCCUUUCAAAUCCUGAUAAAGUCCUCAGUAACGUCCGAAGAAUAUUUGGAAUAUAUUUCAACAAACCUUCCAAUUCUGCUAUACAUUUUGUACCGCUGAAAUCAGAGAUAUUACUAACUCCGAAGCUAUAUCGUUUAUUCACACUAGCUGGUCAGGCUUUUGGUUCAGUUCUAGUUGGAUUGGAAGCUAUCUUUAGAUGCCCACCGGAUGUAUAUAUUGACACUACCGGAUUCGCUUUUACCAUACCUCUAGCCAAAUGGUUAUGUAAUUCACAGACAGCGGCUUACGUACAUUAUCCAACUAUAUCGUCUGUCAUGUUGCAACGUGUAUCGUCCUCACUGUUCUCAAAAAAUAAAAAUGAAAUAGUUUUAACUUAUAAUAAUCCUGAUUGGGUUAGAAAUAAUAAGAUCUUUUCCAGCAUAAAAUUCUUAUACUACAACCUUUUUAUCAAAGCUUAUAAAUUCUCUGGUUCAAGCAUAAAUGUCGAUGUUGCAAUGACGAAUUCAUCUUGGACUCAAAAGCAUAUUCAGUCAUUGUGGGGUGGAAAACCUGUUGUGCUCUAUCCUCCUUGUCCCGUUGAGGAUUUGGAAGGGAAAUUAGUCAGUGAUCAAAGAUUUAAGUGGAUUUUAUCUGUCGGUCAGUUUAGACCGGAAAAGAAUCACGAGCUUCAGUUAGACGCUUUCCAUCACUUCCUUAGCCGUCACGAGUCAGCAAAAAGCGAUGAAAAACACCAGUUCAAGCUUCUUUUAAUAGGUGGCUGUCGGGAUGACAAGGAUUUUGCCCUUGUCUCAAAACUUAAAGACCAGGCUGCUACACUGGAACUUGGAGAUACUGUAGAAUUCCACAUUAAUUUACCCUAUCAGGAGUUAAAAAGCUAUUUUGGACGUUGUUCUGUUAAUUUGCACACUAUGGUGGAUGAACAUUUCGGAAUAAGUGUUGUGGAAGGCAUGGCAUCAGGUCUUAUUACAAUUGCUCACAGAUCCGGUGGUCCACUUACUGAUAUAAUUGGACCCUCAGAAACUAGUUCAUCUUCCAAUCAGUUAGAAAAUUCAGGUGUUGGAUUCCUUGCGUCUACAGUUGAUGAAUACGCAAAUAUUUUCGAAUUGGUAUUACUGAAAAUGUCUGAAUCACAAAUCGAUGCCAUACGGAAAAAUGCCAUCCAGUGGGUACAUGAAAAAUUUUCUGAGGAUUGUUUCAACAGGGGUUGGAUCGAUCAAAUGAAUGUAUUCGUUAAUUAA